AUGUGGAAGGUGAAGAGAAACUUUCACAUGGGGGAAUACGAGUUGGAGGAUCUUGCCGGUUCAAAAGAUGAGUAUUCCACAUCUGUGAGCUCUGCUACGCGUUUAAAGAAUUCUUCGGGGUCUAAGAAAUAUGAGCUGAAUCGAAAGAGCAGCGUCAAGACGGAGGUCAUUGACCAGGGAGAUGAAGAAGGGCAAUUUAUCGGAGAGGAGACUAACGGGAGCGCGGGUUUCGACGACGAUUAUAUCCACGAGGGACAGGUCCAUGAGGCGGAGGUGAAAAGGGCGUUGAAACCGAGACAUAUUGGGAUGAUUGCGCUCGGCGGGACGAUCGGUACAGGUUUGUUUAUCGGUAUCGCGACGCCGUUGGCGAACGCGGGGCCUGUCGGCGCCCUGAUCGCUUAUCUGUUCAUGGGUUCGCUUGCUUACGCCGUGGUACAGUCGCUGGGUGAAAUGGCGACUUUUAUCCCAGUAACGUCGUCGUUCACUGUCUUCUCAGACCGGUUUUUAUCACCAGCGUUUGGGGCGGCGAACGGCUACAUGUACUGGUUUUCCUGGUCGGUGACGUUUGCUCUGGAGCUAUCCGUAGUAGGCCAGAUAAUCGAGUUUUGGACGUUUGCCGUGCCUAUGGCCGCUUGGAUUAGUAUAUUUUGGGUCUUGCUCACGGUAAUGAACCUCUUCCCCGUCAAAUACUAUGGCGAGUUCGAGUUCUGGAUCGCGUUUAUGAAAGUGCUCGCGAUAGUUGGAUUCAUCAUUUACUGUCUCUGCAUGGUAUGUGGUGCGGGAAUAACGGGACCGGUAGGUUUCCGUUAUUGGCGGAAUCCAGGGCCAUGGGGCCCCGGUAUCAUCUCUGAGAACAAAAAUGAAGGACGGUUUUUGGGCUGGGUCUCUUCUUUGAUCAAUGCCGCAUUCACGUAUCAGGGAACCGAAUUGGUUGGUAUCACUGCGGGCGAGGCUGCCAACCCUAGAAAAUCGGUCCCAAGGGCUAUCAAGAAGGUCAUAUACCGUAUCUUAUUCUUCUACAUCCUGUCUCUUUUCUUCAUCGGGCUAUUGGUUCCAUACAACGAUCCCAAGCUAUCAAGCCAAGAGUCCUAUGUUGCUUCUUCGCCUUUCAUUAUAGCGAUUCAGAACUCCGGAACCAAGGUACUCCCUGAUAUAUUCAAUGCCGUGGUGCUUUCCACCAUCAUAUCUGCAGGUAACUCGGACGUCUAUGUUGGCUCUCGUGUUUUAUUCGGACUGUCAAAGAACAAGCUGGCCCCCGGUUUCUUGUCGCGCACCACAAGGCACGGUGUUCCUUACAUGGCUGUUCUCUUCACCGCAGCCAUGGGCGCAUUAGGAUACAUGGAGCUUUCGACAGGCGGCGCUUCCGCCUUCAACUGGUUGUUAAAUAUCACAGGUGUCGCGGGCUUUUUCGCUUGGGUGUUGAUCUCAGCCUGCCACAUACGGUUCAUGCAAGUGUUGAAGCACCGUGGUAUUUCCCGUGAUGACCUUCCAUACAAGGCAAAAUUCAUGCCCUACUUGGCCUACUACGCGCUUUUCUUCAUGGUCCUCAUCAUCUUGGUCCAAGGCUUUACGGCUUUUGCGCCUACCUUUAAUGGGGUAGACUUUGUUGCUGCCUACAUCUCAGUGUUCUUAUUCGUUGGAAUUUGGUUCGUUUAUCAACUGUGGUUUAGAUGCAGGAUAAUCAGAAAACUCGACGACAUUGAUAUCGACACUGAUAGGAGAGGCAUCGAGGCUGUUGUUUGGGAAGAUGAAGGACCAAAGACCUACUGGGAUAAAUUUUGGGACAUUGUCGCAUGA